AAACAGUCAUUGUAGUACAUGUUAUAUUCAUAGUUGGAUUAGUUGGUUUUUAUACAAGAUUAGAAAUUAUGAGUGCGAUGCCAGUAACUUCUUCUACCCUUUUACCGCUUGAAUUGGUGGAUAAAUGUAUAGGUUCUAGAAUUCACAUAAUAAUGAAAAAUGACAAAGAGAUUGUCGGAACAUUAUUGGGCUUCGAUGACUUUGUCAACAUGCUACUUGAAGAUGUUACUGAAUAUGAAACAACUCCUGAAGGCAGACGUAUAACAAAACUGGAUGAAAUUUUGUUAAAUGGAAAUAAUAUCACAAUGCUUGUUCCUGGGGGUGAAAUGCCUGAGUGACCAUGAAUGCAAAAAACCAUACUUAUGCAUGAUAAUAGUUAGGUUAGUAUGUUUGUAUCUUUGUUUAUUCUGAGAUAUUACAAAAGUAAAUUAUUAUUUACUACAUUUCACAAUUCAAUAUGUCCUAAUGUUCUACAUGAGCAAGUCUAAGUAAAACUCAAUUAUCUCUUUAUAUAUAACAUUACCAGAAUAAAUAUGUUCCUGUAGUAAA